UGAAGAGCAUACGCCAUAUUGAAUUCCCGUAGGAAUCGGCUAGCAAAUUUUCGAGCUAGCGGUGUAAAAGGGGGCCACUUUAUCAAUGGUCCUAAUUCGGUUUAAUGUUCAAACGUGUCUGUUCUCGUAACCCCGGACAGCGUAGCGACCUUUGAAAGGUCCGAGAAGCGGCGCAGGUUCAUCACGGGCUCGGAAGUGUUAGGGACUUGUCGGGGGGGUUACCAGAGAAAGAAGUUGAAUGGAUCCGAGGGUAGCUUGGAUUCAGCCCGAACAGAAAGGACCUGCGAACGCCUUAUGGAUGCACGUCUGGGAGACCUCUCAGGGAGUACGGACUCUCUCCGCUCAGCAGCAGCUCCACAAUCAAAACCACAACCAGUGUGUGAAUUACGCGGUUUUAAAAAAUGUGGCGACCGCCGUGGCUUCGAGCAAGAGCAUCUGCAGCAGCAACGGUAACGUUACAGGAAGCCUGAGCAACGGCAGCAGCCAUCGUAGCAUCACGAACGGCGCUGCACACAGUAGUAGCGGUAACGGCAAUGCGAUUCCUCCGCUGGGGAGAGCACUGUCCAACAGGAACGUACACAACUCUUUAACCCCGUCGAACAUCAGCGAGCCAGGUGAGGGGAAAACUGCGUCCCAUAAAACGGGAUCUGCCUCGUCGUCUUCGCAGGAAUCCGGGACGGACAGUCCCCCCUCCAGCUGCUCACUCGAGAGGACUAUGGAUAGAAAUGUUACGGGGAGUAUUAAUAAUAACGUCGGGGGUGCCAACCUGCUCUUCAACUUGAGAGACAGCAUGGACAAUAAUGUCAACCUUUACCAUCACCGUCACCCGCAGGAGCACCAGGCUUUCAAGUUACAGCAGAUUUGCGUGAACCAGCAUCAGGUUCACCCCUCUGUACCUAUUAAUCAACCACACAGUCACCACCCGGGCCGAAGGAAAAGUGACAACAAGGCGAGCACUUAUGGGAUGAAUUAUUCGAUUUCUAACUGCACUAAUGGCAAUUAUGCGAGCACUUGCACGCCCUGGAAGACGAGGGAGUACAGCCCAGGGGUACUCGGACUCCACGAAGAGGUGAUGGAUUUCUACAAAUACAUAUCUCCUCGGCCGGAGGAGGCAGCUAUGAGGAAGGAGGUGGUGAACCGGAUAGAGGUGGUCAUCAAGGAGCUGUGGCCUACUGUUGAUGUCCAAAUAUAUGGCAGCUUCAGCACAGGGCUGUACCUUCCAACAAGUGAUAUUGACCUGAUGGUGACUGGGAAGUGGGAGCGCCCGCCACUGCAAGAGCUUGAACAAGCUCUUCGCAAGCAUGAAGUUGCCGACCCUAACUCCAUUAAAGUGCUGGACAAGGCUACAGUGCCAAUCAUCAAGCUGACCGACCAGAGGACUGACGUCAAGGUGGACAUCAGUUUUAACGUAGAGACUGGAGUCAAGGCUGCAAGCUUCAUUAAAGGCUACAUGAAGAAGUAUCCAGUGCUGCCUUACCUGAUCUUCGUGCUGAAGCAGUUUCUGCUGCAGAGGGAUCUAAACGAAGUCUUCACCGGGGGCAUCAGCUCCUACAGUCUCAUCCUCAUGGUCAUCAGUUUCCUACAGCUCCAUCCUCGUAUCGAUCCCACCAACCCCAGUGAGAACCUGGGAGUGUUACUCAUCGAGUUCUUUGAGUUGUAUGGCCGUAAUUUCAACUACUUGAAAACAGGGAUUCGCAUUAAAAAUGGAGGCGCAUACAUAGCCAAAGAGGAGAUUAUGAAGGGCAUGACAAAUGGAUACAGGCCAUCCAUGCUCUACAUAGAGGACCCUCUACUUCCAGGUAAUGACGUGGGAAGGGGUUCCUACGGUGCCAUGCAAGUCAAGGAGGUGUUUAAUUAUGCUUUCAUUGUCCUGAGUCAUGCUGUCUCCCCGCUUGCACAGUCAUAUCCCAACAAAGACUGUGAAAGCACAUUGGGGAGGAUAAUCAGGUUGACCAAGGAAGUGAUCGACUACAGGGAAUGGAUCGUUAAGAAGUGGGGGGGCAGAGAUUUGGUGCGACCGGACAACAGAGUGUCGCCUCCCAAAAAGCCUGUGUCGGAGCAAGAGAACUGUGUGCUGGGAGGUGGUGUUGGGUCAGAUGAGCAGCAAAGGGAUUCGGUGUCACCCCACAGCGCGGACUCUCCCAUGUCCAUCUCCAGCCCCCAGCAGCACUCGUCCGCCUCAUCAGUGUCCUCACUGUCUGGGUCUGAUAACGACUCUGAUUCAGCGUUGCCAUGUCCCCUCCCUCCACCAACCCUGCCAGCUUACCCGCCUUUCCCACCACUCGGCCUAGCUUUAACUCCAGGCCUCAACAUGAGCACCGGCAAACCUGGCAUGGGGGGACACCAUCUGCUCAUGCCUCCAGGUUCCCAGGCUCGCGUCUCACUGCCCGGUGGUCUAGCAAUGCACUCCAUGCCUGGCAGACAGGUGUGUAUAGACACCGGGCUCCCCCCCUUCUUCCACAUGCACCCCCCAGCCCAUGCUCAUGCCCCUGCCCCUUCCAGCCCCCAGCCUCCGCCCAGUCCCCACUCCAGCCACACACAUAAGAACGGAGCCAAGUUCAACGGGAAGGGCUUCCACAAUCCGCCACUGGUCAACAACGCUGUUAUGGCUAACCGUGGAUACGCGCAGCAUCACCGCAACACUUGGCGACGCAGGAAGAGGGACAGCCUGCCGGUUAGCCUGAGCAGAUAGAAACCUCUCCUCGCCGUUUCCUCCGUCUCCUCUCCGACUGCAUGCCGUGGCUCUUCGUUCGUCUUGAAGGAGGAUGGACAGGCAGACAAGAGGAUCAGAGACCAGCAGUUUUUACUCCGAGGGCUCCUCAACAUGGAACAGCAGCCCUCAGCUCUGCAUCUUCCUCCUCUCUGUACCUUCCCUCCCCUUUUUCUUUUCUUUUUUUUGCAUGACUUUAAUUCCAUUUUUUUUUCAGUAUUGUGUCUUCCUUCUCUGCGUUCAGGUCGGUUUACUUUUUUGGAACUUGGCAUUGACAGUAUUGCUAAGCUCACUUGACCUCAUCUCGACCCUUGCAGCCAAGCUGCCCACGGUUUCCUUUUUACAGUUAAUACACUUAAAAACAAACGUUUUUUUCUCCAUUUUGUGCAAUAAUGUUAUUUUUCUUUUUGAAACUAAAGUAAGAGCUUAUUUAAUUUCGUGUGUGUGUAUAUGUAAAGGCAUUUUUAUACUGUUAUUUUAUUUUUGUAGAGUUUUAAAUUUUGUUUACGAAACCUUUCCCCAGGCAGCAUCUCUAAAGUGUGCGUGUGUGUGCGCAUCUCUCCAUCAGGUUGAGAUGGACCCAGGUUGAAAUGACCCCUCCCCCCUCUUCUUCUCUCCUCUUUAAAUGUGGUCUGCUCAAGGGAAGCCGUAUCAGAAAAGCAUCAUCUUGGCAUUUCUGAUCAUUUCUCUUCACAUGUUUUCUGAAAAUGGGCGAGGUGGGCAACAAAAGGGGGAAAAAAAUUCCCUAUGGAAGUUUUGUUCCUCGCUCCAGUUUUUCUAAGGCAUGCUGAGGGAAGUUGAGGGAAUGAAACUCUGCCCUGGGAUAUCCUUGAAGCACAGGGAGAGGCUCAAGUUUUGUGGCCACCUGAGGAUUGUGUGACUGCGCGUAUCUGUUUGCGUCUCUUACGGGAAUGUGUCGUUGUCUCAUUUUGUCGUUUGGGGAGAGAAGGCUGGCAAAAGAAGGCUGGCCUGAUAGCUUUGUCUUGGCCAUAUCUCUCUCUGCCCGGAGGAUUUUCAGCCUGUUUUGUUUAGGCUUUGUGUUCAUUUUUUCUUUUAAAGUUGUUGUUGUUGUUGUUAAUAUUUUUUGUAGGAGCAUUGGGGGCCACGAAGGCAACAGCUUAUCUGACUUGAAUUAGAAGAUCAAGAAUGGCGGGCAGAAAGUCACUGAGCUGUGUCAGAGGGGGCGUGGCUGUGGAAAAUCUGAUCCCAGGGCUGAGGUCAGCUCUCGCCCGCAGCUGUAAAUUAGCGCAGACCAACACUUUAGAUGCUCAGCGAUAAGGUUUCUCUCCUUUUUUUGUGGUCCUGGACAAAGGAGGAGGGAGCGAGGGUGGGGGCGUGGGGGGUUUCUUCCUGAACCAAGGACCCUGAGUGAAGGGAAUUUAUAUUUUGAUUCCAUUAAGGAAUCUUGUGUGUAUUCGAUUGCCAGGUACUUCCGCUAAUUGUUUGCAAUGCCUUUCUUUGUGUUUACUCGGGGUGUGUAUGUGUGUGUGUGUGUACCACGUUUUCCUGCGAGCACACCGCGCCACACAAAUACACACGCUGUCGAAGGCUGUGACUCGCCCAGAAACACUACACAUGCCGGUGUUAUUACUAUGCAAGUGGAUUCUUCUAAUUAUUGUGUCAAUUCUUGUAUUUUAUUUUUGGGGUUAUUUUUUUCCCAUUGACAAAAAAAGCAAAAAAAAAUGUAUCCCAAAAAAAAAAAAAAAAAAAAAAAAAAACACUCACUGCUUGUUGGACUAGAGUGAUGUUACUGACUGUCAGACUUCUCAAGCCAACACAUGUAAACUCUAGCCCCCAUCCCCUGACCCCCACCCGUGCCACAACUCCCUUGUGUUUGUAUGAAGGCCAUGAUGUGUUUAAGACCCAGUAUUUCUGCAUCUUGUCAGUCAAAUGUAAGGAACAAGGGGGAUGUUAAUGUCAGUGGUCGGGUCUGAGUCUGUGUAGUGUGUGACAUAGUGAAACGUGUGUGAGAAAGACUCGUGACUCGCCACCACAGUUGAAUUUUUCUUUUUCUUUGGUAAUCGUACGCCCGACCGUUCACGAACGAGCGCCACCCACAGAGCGACUUGCUCUCUGCAGGUGCUCUUCGCCAAAGUGUCCGUCAACAAUUCCUGACUUUUUCUUACUUGCACGCAUUCACUGCUGUUGCACUGUUUUGUUUUGGGUUUUUUUUUUGUUUUGUUUUUUGUUGUUGAACCAUGGCAGCUCGGAUCUGUCGGUCAGAACUGCACAGCAGGUUUGCUGUUUUGGCCGAUAGGUCACAGGGCAGAGCUGAUUACGAGCUAAUCAUAACCUCCAGCUUACAAAUUCCUUUCAUACUUAAUAAAUUUGACCAGAAAAAUCUAAAUCAUUGACCAAUGGAAAGGGUGAGAAGUUCUUGAUGUUUUCUGGCGUAUACACUCUCACCCUAUUAUUCCCUAUUACAUUUUUUUUUUUUUUUUUUUUUUAAUAGAUAAUUUUCCGUCUGUAGGGUAAUAAUCAGAAUUGAACAUUCAGCACUGACUUUCAUGCAGUUGUAGGCCAAUAGUAAUUUGAUAACAAGAGGAAUGAAGUUACCCUUUCAAACUGAGAUUCUUACAGCCGCGUUUUGCUUCUAGAGCUCAGAACCAGCAAUGAUUUGAGACAAAAAAAAAUUAAAUUGGGGAUCGAAAGCUGUUGGCUCUGUUAGAGUUGCCUGCAAUCUUAACAGCAAAGACUGACAUGCAGUAUCCAAGGAAGUCUAUGGAAUAAAGAAUUGUGCAUCUCAGCGGUCCGGUGUAGCCAACUCACCCUGUCUACUUUCCUUUGUUCCUUUUUCCUCACCAGAGGGUCAAAACAAUUAGGUCAAAGCUUCAGUUGCGCUCUUCCACAUUGUCCUGACUUCUCCCGAUGGUUUUAAAAGUGAGGCGGAAAAGGAAGCGAGGAGAGUUGGAUACUUGACUUGGACCGCUGAGAUUUUGCCAUACACAUGUACAUGUAGAUGCAAUGUAAUAUUAACACCCCCCCUCUUCAUUGCAAUACAAUGAGGGAUUUUAAACUGGUGGCUGCUGUUCAGAGAAAGAUGGCAGCCCCUCAGUGUCCUGGCUGAUUCAUGUGAGCAGUGACCCUCGAAAUGGACACCAGUGGCCAGAGGGAACCACUGCCCAGCUUUUCUUUUUUUCUUUUUCUUUUUGUUCUUUUUGACAUUUUUAUGUAAAUAUUUUUUUUCUAUUUUAUUUUUUA